ACGGUGUGCCUGGGCCACCCUGCCCAGCAGCAGAGCAUGUCCCGGCUGGAUUUGGAGAUGCUGGCCGAAAUAGAGCUGCGGAAAGAUGAGGAGCAGGCAGCUGCCCUGAGCAUAGUGAGAAGGCCGUUGGUGGUGCCCUUGGCUGGCCAGGAUCCCACGCUGAGCAUGAAUCACCCCUUCUACGACGUGGCCAGGCACGGCAUCCUGCAGGUGGCAGGGGAGGACCGCUUUGGAAGAUGAGUCAUCACCUUCAGCUGCUGCCAGAUGCCCCCCUCCCACGAGCUCAACCACAGGCGUCUGCUGGAGUAUUUGAAGCACACGCUGGACCAGUACGUGGAGAGUGAUCACACUGUUGUCUGCUUCCACUACGGGCCGAACAGCCGGAACAAGCCGUCCCUGGGCUGGCUGCAGAGCACCUACAAGGAGUUUGACAGGACGUACAAAAAGAACUUGAAGGCACUGUACACUGUGCACCCCACCAACUUCAUCAAGGUCCUGUGGACCAUCUUCAAACCCCUCAUCAGUCAUAAGUUUGGGAAAAAAGUAAUCUAUUUCAAUUACUUGAGUGAGCUCCGCGAACACCUCAAGUAUGACCAGCUGAUCGUCCCCCCGGAGGUUCUGCAGUAUGACAAGAAGCUCCAGAAGCUGCACAAGGGCAGAUCACCCCCUCCUGCCAGGACACCACCACCACGGCCCCCUCUGCCCACCCAGCAGUUUGGCGUCAGUCUGCAAUACCUCAAGGACAAAAAUCACGGUGAGCUCAUCCCGCUACUGAGGUUCACAGGGACCCACCUGAGAGAGAAAGGACUCCACACUGAGGGCCUGUUCCGGAGAUCGGCCAGUGUCCACACCAUCCGCGAGAUUCAGCGUCUGUACACUCAAGGGAAGCCCGUGAACUUUGAUGACUAUGGCGACAUCCACAUCCCUGCCGUGAUCCUGAAGACCUUCCUGCGAGAGCUGCCCCAACCACUGCUGACCUUCAGGGCCUAUGAGCAGAUUCUCGGGAUCACCAGUGUGGAGAGCAGCCUGCGGGUGACCCGCUGCCGCCAGACCCUGCAGAGCCUUCCAGAACACAACUACGCUGUCCUCAGCUACCUCAUGGGCUUCCUGCAUGAGGUGUCCCGGGAGAACAUUUUUAACAAAAUGAACAGCUCCAACCUGGCGUGCGUCUUUGGGCUGGAUUUAAUCUGGCCAUCCCAGGGGGCGUCCUCCCUGAGCGCCCUUGUGCGUCUGAACUUGUUCACCAAACUGCUGAUCGAGUACUACGAGAAGGUCUUCAGCACCCCGGAGGCCCGUGGGGAGCUCAGCACCAGCGUCCCUGAGGCAGGUGAGCGGGGCGGCCCCUUCGCUGAAGGCUGCACAGGAGACAGACCCUCCAUGGGCCCCGCCCCGCCCCCCGUGCCUCCGCGGCCCCUGCCGGCGGCUGGGACGCUCCGCUAG